CUAAAGAAAAUGAUUCAAUCAGCACAAGUACAAAGCUAAAAAAAAGUAUAAAAAGCCAUAAAAAUACAAAAACAGUAUUUACCUUCGCAGUAAUCUUACAGGCCUACAUGCCAGGUGUACACACACUACAUAACAGGAUUAUAUUGCACCUUGUCACCACACCUCAGUUUUGCAUGAGACUGCAGUUCAGACUGCGCAGCGCUAUUGGUCGACACAGAGAGUGGAUCCACUCAUUCAGUUUUGAUCAGGGAACCAAUUAUCAGGCUAUUCUCCAACCGUCGGAGUAUGAGAGUAAGCCAUUGCAGAUAUACAGUAAAAUUGCUUUAUUUUGCAUGUAUGACACAGAAGAACGUGUGGAAUAAAUGAAGUAUGCACUGCAACCAGAGGAUAAUGAUUUUUUCUGCACAGCCCUUUUUGCUGGCAUGGUUUACUCUGACUGUAGGCUUGACUUUGGCUUUGGGGCCAAACCAGGACAUGGAAUUUACAUUUCUGUUACCUGCUGGCAGCACAGAGUGUUUUUACCAAACCACCGUGAGGAACGAUAGCAUGGAAGUUGAAUACCAGGUGAUAGCUGGUUCAGGUCUAGAUGUUGGUUUUGCCCUUAUUUCACCCAGCGGAUACCGACUGGCCUCUGACUUCAGGAGAUCUGACGGCAUCCAUAUGGUGGAUCCCACUGAGGAUGGAGACUACCGGUUGUGUUUCGACAACAGCUUCAGUAAACUGUCAGUGAAGAUGGUGUUCUUUGAGGUGAACAUUAAUAGUCGGAGCAGCUCAGGAGGAGAUGAGUGGGCAGACGCAACCAUGACAGAGGACAUGGUGGAGUACAAACUGGAGGACAUCAGGGCGAGGAUAGACUCUGUGUACAAGCUCCUGGAGAAGAGUCGUCAGGUGCAGACAACACUGAGGGCCUUUGAGGCGAGGGAUCGUUACCUUCUGGAGGAUAACCUGUGGCGGGUGUCCUUCUGGUCCUGCCUCAACCUGCUUGUCAUGCUCACCGUCGCCGUCACUCAGAUUUACACCCUGCAAAACCUCUUUCAGGACACAAAGCGGAUCUGCACAUAGUCAUCACAGAACUGCUACAUCACCUCCCAGCAGAGAUAGCAGAACCUGCGUGCCAUGAGACCUGAAAGUUUGACACUAAACACUAAACUGAUACAUGUGUGAAAGUGUCAGUUUUACAAUAGCGCCUUGAUAGUUCACACAUUUGGAAACCGGUUUAUUAUGCAGUGUGAAGUUCACUGCAGCCAAAAAGUGCUUGCUUUGAUGUUUUGCGAAUAUGUGAGUAAUAGAAAUUCCUGUCAUGUCAACACCUGAAAGUCAUUUUUAGGGUACAGUACCGUAAUAUGCACACACCCAUGUAUGUACUUUAUACACAUAUACAAACACAAGUAAAAUACUUGUUGCACUGAUAUCUGCUAAUAAUUUCAUCAGGGAAUGUAGAAAACCACAGCUGUUCACACUGGAAUGUUGUUUUAUUUAAUCUCAGACACUAAAUUUCACAUUUACAUUUAUUGCUCUACACUAUGUUUUAUCAAACCAAUUGCCAAAACAACCCAAAAUUAAAAUCACACUUUAAAUCUUAUCUGAGAAUAAAAAAUAAAAAAAAUUAAAACAAAAAAAAAAAGACAAAGCAAUCUCCCUGAUUGAUUUCUCCAUCUGGAGGUUACAAAGACAGCAACAGUGCAGUCACAUAGAUGGCAAGUUGGUUUCGGUUGAUUCAUUCACCUCCUUGUGGAUACGUUGCAGUCCUUUCUUUCAUGCAAUUGCACUUUGUGAUAAAAACCUACAUAACGGAGUAGCUAUGGAUGAUUCCAAAUGCCUAUAGAAUAACAAAUCAAACAAAAUGAAGUGAAAUACAAAAGCAUCAAAAGGAAAUAUAUACAGCAUGUAUUGAAUUUCACUUGAUUUGGGUUUUUUUUAGGCAGUUUCAAUCUUCCGUAGUAGGUAAAAGCUAUUGUGCAUUUAAGUCACUACCGCUAUCUUCUCACCCUAUACUGAACUUCCUGGGACUACGCAGUUUCCUAAGCCUUCAUUAAAAUUUUCUGUGGUUAAACAUCCUCAGUGGCAGCAUUACACCAUCUGAAGGGCAUUUUCUGUGUGUCAUCACGGAACUGAGACAUGUUGCAAUAAUAAAAAAAACCAUCCUUAUGUUAAACAGUCUUGGCACAGUAUCUGGUAGUGUCCCUAAAAGUUACAUCAUGUUACAGUUUUUGUUCAAAUAAAUAAUUGAGUCUUCUGGAAGAUUGUGUUCAAAUCCAGACUAUUACAACUUGAUUCCAACCAUGUUUGGAAAUAUUUUAAAAAAUUAGUGUUUAGAACUAUUUUUGGUAACAUACGCUGUUGAAAAAAUAACUUCCUCUGGUUUCAAGUUUUAAGCCUUAGUAACUCAUAACAAUUUUUAGGUCUUACUGGCAGUAUCAGACUACAAUUGGAAGCAUGUAACAUUAAUAGUUUUGUUUUUUUUAAGUGAACUCAAAAUUAGCUAUCCAGUUCUUCUGUGGUCCCGUUGUUAUCAUGGAUUGAAGUCAUUUCAUGUCCACUGCAGGCUGGUCAAAGUCACCACUGGUUUCGACGGGGAGCCGGGCGCCUGUUCAGGAACAAUCAGCCAACAUUAAUCUCUCAACCUUGUGACAUGCAAAACUAUCCAGUCAUAGGAAUGGCAAGGGCAUUCGUGAUGAGGCAAUCUGUUUAGUGAGAGGGCUACAAAUCAUCCUCCUACUCUUAUCGGAGAAUAUGAUUAGAUACACAAUCCUG